AUUGUCAGACGAUCAGCUGAGCCGUCCCACCGGGACAGACCAGCAUGUAAUUAAAUAAAAAAUAACUCAACAAAUAGUUAUAUCAUUAAUAAAUUACUCAACUAAUUUUUAAGUGAACUUCUACAAUGAAUUUUAACGCUUUCGUCGUGUUCGCGCUGUUUUUCGCCCGGGAAAUUCAAUCUUGGCAGAUACCAGAGAAUUUCGGAAAAACCGGACACUCGAACAAUUGGGCAGUUCUAGUCGAUACCUCUCGUUUCUGGUUUAACUAUCGACACGUAGCAAAUGUCCUCUCGAUUUAUCGUUCAGUGAAACGUCUGGGGAUUCCAGAUUCUCAGAUUAUUCUCAUGAUAGCCGACGAUAUGGCGUGCAAUCCGAGAAAUCCACGACCUGCAACAGUCUUCAACAAUAUCAAACAACACAUAAAUGUCUAUGGAGAUGAUGUCGAGGUGGAUUACAGGGGAUACGAGGUGACAGUCGAGAAUUUCGUGAGAUUAUUGACUGGACGACUGCCACCUGAGACUCCAAGGUCGAAAAAACUCCUCACAGACGAGGGCUCUAAUAUUUUGAUAUAUCUAACGGGUCACGGGGGCAAUGGAUUCCUCAAGUUUCAAGACUCCGAGGAAAUCACCAGUCAGGAUCUCAGCGAUGCUGUCGAACAAAUGUGGCAGAAAAGACGUUACCAUGAGAUUUUAUUCGUCGUUGAUACUUGCCAGGCUAGCUCUAUGUACGAGAAAUUCUAUUCACCCAAUAUUUUGGCUGUCGCAUCUAGUCAAGUCGGUGAAGAUUCACUAUCCCAUCACGUGGAUCCGAAUAUUGGAGUGUACAUAAUAGACCGUUACACUUUCUACGCACUAGAAUUUCUAGAGACAGUCGAACCAUCGGGAACAAAAACCCUAAACGAAUUCCUGAGAGUGUGCCCGCAGUCAGCCUGUCUCUCUAAAGUGGGAGUUCGUACAGAUCUCUUCAGAAGAGACACGAGAAAAGUUCCAGUAACCGAUUUUUUCGGUUCCCUGCGUCCAGUAGAAUUAACAAACAGUAUUAUCAACGUGACUCCAGUGACUCACAAUCGAUCUGAGACCCCAGAGAUCGAGAAGAAAUUGUUCUACAUGCCACAAUUCCCCGAUACCUCCAUGUAUUCAUGAAUAAAUCCACAAUUAAAUAAA